UCGCACCUUACUAUCACGGCAUUUUUUUCUCAACCGCAAUUAAGUACCCUAAAUAAUAGUUGACAAUUUCAACUGUGAUUGGGGAUGGCGGCGGUUAACACAAAAUUCGUCGAGCUAGCGAAGCAGCUGCACCCGCGGCUAACCCGUUUCUUCGCCAAAUACCCUCCAAAUCAGAUACUCCCAGCCUCGACGAGAACGAACACGAUCGAGGGCGGCGCAACGCCAAACCCCUUCCUACCACACAAGCAUCCGAUAACCGGAAAAUGGCAUGACCCAGAGUUCUCCUUGAGGCGACAGGCAGAACUCGUAAAAUUGGCGAGGGAACAGGGAGUAGAAGAGCUAUUGCCUUUCACAUCUAAAGGUACCGAGCAGAGGCUACGGCACAGAGUCGAACACGGUCUCCGCGUUCGUGGAACGGGUGUUGGACAGUCUGUCAAGGGUCACUUACACGAGAGAAUGUUGGCUGCAAAGAUGGAGAAGAGGAGAACGGCUAUGUUGGGCAUGCCAAAGCUCGUCAGACAAUGGCGGAAGGUUGGAAAAGCCAGAUGGUCAAAGUACCCACGAUAAACGAAUAUAUCAUGAUGUUAAGGCAGUAUAUAGCCAACGAAGCAAAAUGCACAAAAUUCAUGUAUCACUUUGUACGAAGCAUCUGGGUCAUGUCCCAAGAAAUCAAGAAACAACUCUUACCACUA